ACAGAAAGCCGGAAGCGCAGCCACAUCCACAGCAGCUCUGGUCGCUAGAGUGAAACUGCAGACUGCCCGACCUGAACGCCCGCACGGGGACUGAGAAUAAAUCAAUUAGACACCAUGUUUUGGAGACUUUUCUUCGUGACAAUAUUACUAGCCUUCUUCGGAUCGUUGACAAGCCAGGAAUUUGCGCAGGAUGAAGACUGUGGUUUAUUGAGUACUUGUAAAGCAUGUGGAAAUGUGACUCACUGCCAGUGGAUGAGCUGCUCAGGUGGUACACCUAAGUGUUAUAACGGCAGUGUUGAGAACCAAACAAUCAACUGUGUCAGUGUGAACUGCACAGAGCCAACACUGACCCCGCCAGUGAGCCCCACCACCACAAAUGCUACCAUUAAUGCUACCACGACAGUCCCCACCACAUCAGUUGCUCCGACUCAAAACAGCACAGUCACAAACACCACGACCAUGUCACCUACUACUUCUCCAUCUAGAUCAUCCACAUUCGAUGCCGCCAGUUUCAUCGGGGGAAUUGUGUUAGUCUUUGGCCUUCAAGCUGUCAUCUUUUUCCUUUACAAGUUCUGCAAAUCCAAGGAUCGCAACUACCACACCCUGUAACACGCUGCCACCUGGAGGCACCACAAAACCCACACUCCGACCCAAAAGAGAGAGGGAGAGAGAGAGACACAUUAUACUCACAGAUUCGAUGAUAUUUCUUAAACACUCCCGUGAUCCCCCAUGUUCAUCCCACUCAUAUUUUUUUAAUUUUAAUUCCUGUGAUUUGAGCUUUAUUUUUCGUUAAUGUUAGAUCUCUCACUAUCACCCGAGUUCAUUAACACAAAUACACCCCACACACAAAGUAAUGCCCCAAGCCUUUUCGAGCAGUGGCAUUAUGGGGUAUGUGAAAUGUGUCCUGCUUUUGUGUACAACCACAGCUUUCAAAGUUAUGUCCGUAAAUUGUUUUCAUGGUGUCAUGGUGUUUCCCCUGAAAGGCAUCGGAGGGGGCACCUUCUCAUCAUACCUGCGACAAUACUUCCCGAUUCCCAGUGUUAAUUUCAGGUAUCUUCACUAGGACAGUGUUUUUUUUUUAUACAGUUACCAUUACUGAUGGUUCUCAAUAUUCUAUCGAGUCCAUCAUCAUCAUCACCACGUUCAAAAAUAAUAUCAGUAUAAUUCCGGACUGAAUGAACAAAGUUUUUCCCCUUUUAUUUCAAAUCUGUUCUGCAUUUUCAUCACAUAGUCCUUUGGGUUGUGUCCAUCUGUGUGUGGUGUUUGAUUUCAAACCCUUUUAUGGCCAUUCCUCAUUUACGCCAACCAAGAGAACCAAAAUGUUUGCAAUAAAUUACAUUCCCCACCUUAGUCCAUCACUGUUAACUAUCUGUAGUUAGAGAACCAGUAGACUGCAGUUCUCAAAAUGAGUUAAAACUGGCAUCUCACUCCUUUUUUCUUCCCCAAAUGUGACAGUGGAGUGCUGGGUAAUAUCAGAGAUGCAUUAUAUACCCGUAGUUAGCAUCCUAUCAUUGUGGGGGACUUACCAGCUUAUCGGCUAUUAAGUUGUACUUUCAGAGAGUUGGUGGAUUUGAAACAUUAGGAGUUCAGCCAAUCCAGUUCUACUAACAGCCGAAAUAAGUCUUCAUUAAAAUUAGUCUAUUCUGCGGGACAUGCGAAUAGAUUGAGGCACUAUGAGAGCGGAGGAUCCAUGAUCCCAUUCAGAAUGAUUGACAGUUGAGUCAAAGUGCCUUUAGGUGGAGGCAGUGGCUUGCUGCCUUAAAAGUGAGCCUUAAAAGUGUGAAUGUGUUCGUGUCGUCUAUCGAGGCCAGGCUGUGUGUUGGUGUGUCUGCCUGUAUGUCAGUGUGUUUAAAGAUACGAAUGCGUGCUUGUUUCGAUGAAGUAGAUCUAGUGUCUGCCAGCUGGACUGAUCACUAUAUUAUACAGAGUAGAUAAUUACAAGUUAAUUAAUUUGUUGGAUUAAUAUGUCAUGUUCCCAAAAGCUUCUCUCAGUUCUUGAGCUUAAUUAUUAUUUUUUUUGCUAGCGCAGAUAUGUCGGUCAGAUCCUAGCACUCCCAUUCAAAAACAGAUCGAUAUUUGUCCAUAAUCAGAACUCUUUGACCAUAAACUGAAUCAAUAUCAUUAAGGCACUAAAAUGUCUUAAGCUGAGGUGUACAUACUUCAGGGCGAUUAAAACAGACUUGUACGUAGAUUCUAAUGUUUUUUUUUUAGAAGCUUUUGUGUUAAUUACCCUUAAGAGAACUGAAAUGUGCCCUAGAAAAAUGCAUUCAGGAUAUGUUUUGCUUAUUCUUUCGUUUGUCUUUAUUGCUACAAUCAUCUGCAGAUUUUGAUGGAGUCUCAGAGCUGUGACAGACUCAUCAUUUAAUGCUUGGGUUUGAUUUCUUGAAAUAUAAUUGAGUUUGGGUGAAUUUAUUUUGAAUAGACCUACACUACGCCUAAUUCCUGCCUUACUGAGCUUAUUUCAUUUGGUACUAUGUUCAUAAAUUAAUUUGUCUGUCUAGUGUGUUGGCACGUUUAUAGGCCGAGGGCCUGUAAUUUUUUUCCUUCAUUCCUAUGUUAUGAAAUUUGAAAUGUAAUAAUCUUGAUUAGCUUGCUGCUAAUAACUUCCUCUGCGAGUUGUAAUGUCAUUGGCUUGGGAAGUGAUUCCCGUUGUUUGGGUUGCAAAUUUUGUAAUGGCAGAAAGGAAUCGUUUUGUUUGGUGUGCUUUCGUUUUUAUCUGCUUUCUUGAUGCCGAAAAUGUUCCAUUCCCAGCAUUGUGUUAAUUGCAGGUUUCUCAGAAGAUGAAUGUUAAGGCCUCACUUUCUUUAUUGAACCACUCUAAUUGCUUGUCCAUUGUCGUAUCACAGUGCUUAAAUGCCAAAGGUGUCUGUUUUAGCAUGAGUCACUGAAAAGCUGCUAUAAUGCUUCACAAGCUUCAUCAUGCCCAUAGUGUAGUCAGAUGAAAUCCUGUUGUUUGCCAUUUUGCUUCAGCUUUGCCAAAUUAAAAACACUGUUUACUUAAGAAAAGAUUAGACUACAGUGUUUCAUUGUAAUUUAUUUUAAUAGUUAACAUAAAUACACAAUUACACAACUCAUCACAGUAUUGUCUGUUUAGCAUCAGGCUACAUCCAAAGAUCCCAUGUAGUUGCAAAUGGAUUUUAGCUGUGCAUGCAAAAGGCUGUAAAGGACAUUCUACAUUUUCGGGUGAGCUAUCCAUUAAUUCCAAAUAUAGAGCUCAGUCAAGGAUGCUAAUAUUUGAGAAGGUAAACAGCUCAAAAUCAUCUCACACUCAAAGAAUUCAACCUAACUUCAAAGUCUUUGGCCUUGAUUUCUUAUGCCAUUAUGUUUGUGUGCAUGUAUGCAUCAGAUUUCCACAGAAACAGCCAUUGCCAUUGCUCUGAGCUAGUGUUGCAUUCCUUGCUGCACCUUUUGAAUAUAAAGUGCCUUAAUUAAGAUUAGAUGAUGAGAAUUACCGUACUAUUGUCAUGAAGAGUUACACUCUCUAAGGGACUUGAACAUUUUAGAGUGAAGGUUUGGUCUAUUGAAGUUGUGAGCGGAUAAUGAGAGGUACAUGGACUAUAGCAUCUCGCUUGUGCCACUAUUUUAUCUAAUUUCAAAGAAUUGAGUUACUAAUGUUUUUUUUUAAUUACUGUAAUUACUUAUGGCCUGUUGUCCAGUAGUGCAUUUUUUUUUAUUGCUUCAUAUAAACAUGCACAUGCUCCACAUACGGUCUUGUCAAUUAAAAGACACUUACUGUUGCGUCUGUGUCCAGAAAAUCUGCCUUAAUAGUUUUAUGCUCUAUUGUGUUGGUUUUAUUUCUCUGGAACUCUCUUUUGUUCUUGUGUUUUCCCUCGUUUCAGAUCUGCAUUCACAAUUAGGUUGAAAAUGUGAUUAAUUAAAGUUUGAGUAUUGUAAAACA